AUGUCCACGGUGUGAAUCGGCGCUGGAAGAGAGAGAGGGGGGAGAGAGCGCUCUCACGUUGAGUAUCCUGUUGAUUCUGCCUGCCGAGCGUUUAGAGGAGCUGAGGAGCUCGUCAGCAGGAAAAAGCCUCAGACAAGAGAACCUGGACGCAGAAGCUACACUGGAUGGCAUGUCUCCCGGGGUUUGCUUGUAGAUAGGACGGCUCAGUGUUUCCAUUUGUAUUUUUUUUCCAUUUCAACGUUGAUUGAAGACCUCGGAGGGGGGAAAAAAAACCCUGCGCUCCAUUUCGCAGCUUUUUUUUUUUGCUCCUCUCCUUUGUCACAGUAAAGCAGGUCGUGAUUUUUGUAUGCAACAUAACGGGAUUCGUGGUGGGAGCGUUUCCUUUCAUCAAUGUGCAUUGAUGUAGCAGAAAACGUGGAGGAGAUAAGAACCCUUAUCUCAGCACCUGGAACCUCUGGUAAGGAUUUCAUUGAGGACAUUCAGCAAUUAAAAGGAUUUCGAUUCUUAUCUAAACCGGGAAUUACACAUCCAAACUGGGAUCUAUGAGCGGAAAAGUGGCGAAGCCUAAAGAAGACAAGGAUGCUUCCAAGGUCCAGGAUGACGCUGCCCCAGGUACCCAGGAGUACAUUAUGUUACGGCAGGACUCCAUCCACUCCGCGGAUAUAAGGAGUAAAGGGUCCCCCUUUCGUGCUAAGUGUCACGAAAUCUUCUGCUGCCCGCUGAAGCAAGCCGUCCACAAAGAGAGCACAGAGCCCGAAGAGCCCCAGCUGAAGGGGAUUGUGACUAAGCUGUACAGUCGACAAGGUUUCCACCUGCAGCUGCAGGCAGAUGGAACCAUUGACGGAACGAAGGAAGAAGACAAUGGUUACACCAUGUUCAACCUUAUUCCAGUGGGGCUGCGAGUGGUGGCCAUCCAGGGGGUGCAGACCAAACUCUAUCUGGCUAUGAACAGUGAGGGCUACCUGUAUACAUCAGAACACUUUACACCAGAGUGCAAAUUCAAGGAGUCAGUGUUCGAGAACUAUUAUGUGACAUACUCCUCCAUGAUAUACCGGCAGCAGCAGUCGGGCAGGGGCUGGUACCUCGGUCUGAACAAGGAAGGAGAAAUCAUGAAGGGGAACCACGUCAAGAAGAACAAGCCAGCAGCCCACUUCCUUCCCAAGCCUCUUAAGGUGGCAAUGUACAGAGAGCCAUCCCUCCAUGACUUGACAGAGUUCUCCCGCUCCGGCAGCGGCACGCCCACCAAGAGUCGGAGUGCCUCGGCUGUGCUCAACGGAGGCAAAGCUGUGAGCCAGAAUGAGUCGACGUAGCCCGGUAGCCGAAUCCAGGCCUGUGGCCGAACCACGAAACCUUACCUCCAGCAGAGCGUGAAUCCAAGCAGACUUCUCUCACCGAUCAGCGGUUCAGGACUAGCUACGACAACUAACCACACACAAACACCCAGACAGCAUCAAUAAAAAAUAAAAAAAAACCACAGUUAGGUACCAUCCUGAUCAAUCAUUGUUUCCGUCUCAAAACAGCAUCAAAAGUAAGAAACUUAACAGCACAUAAACCAUUCUGGACUUAAAAAUAAAUUAAAAUUUUUCUUUUGGGCUUGAGAUUUAUUUAUUACUUUGAUCACUCUCUUUCGGUGAUGAUUGCGUACCACUUAGCUCAUCUUUAUCUUAUUUUAUUUUUCUUAAAUUUCCUGCGGACAAUAACUUUUUCUUAGGUCAUGUAGACACCAAGCACUCGUGCAUCUGUCAGACAGGGACAGGAAGUUAGACAUGUAGGCGUUCAGGGCAGCCAGUAAUGGUGCUGGUCUACAAGGCUGCAGUGGUACAGUACAAGCCCUGAUCUCUGUCUCAUCCAUGCUUCUGUGAAUACAAAGCCUAUAAACUCCCUGGUGUGGCACAGCCUAGAGCUGCUGGGACUGUGGCCAGCCAGACGGUAGCUCUCCUGCGUCCUAGUGCACACGCUCAGAGACUGAGCUCUCUAGCAUGGGAAAAUGAAGCCUAUGUUCAGCUGACCUGAAAUAUAAGGGACAGUGUGGCUCUCUUGCAGUUUUUUUUUUUUUUUCUUUUCAGAGAUGCCACAGCUGCACCUUGUUGGUUUUUUUUUUUUUUUUUGCUAAUUUUCUGAAUUAGCAGAGAGCUUUUUAUUUGAUAACUGGUUUUGUUUUGUCCCCUCUUGUUCUCUUCCCUUGUCAUUGUUCAGUAUUUGUAUUUUUGUUGCUGUUGCAUCAUUGAAAGGGGUUCCAGCACACCAAAGACAGAACGAAAGAGUUUCCCUUUAAGCCGCUGAAAACCAAGCCAGUAUAGAGGCAGAAAGCUGGAAUUUUUUUUUUCAUUGUACAUUAUUGGUGAAAGAAAGCAAAGAUUUUGAAGGAAAAAAAAAAGAACAAUGGACAAAGGAAGUGAUUUUAAACACUUUGGAGUUGGCAGCGUGCUUGAUGUUGUGCUUUUUGCUGAUAUGCUCAAUGAUCGAAGUAUGAAACGAUUACUCUGUGUCCCCAUUCCCUUCUGUUACCGCUGUGUUCACAACGUCUCCGUCUCUUGUCCUCGUGAUCUGUUUCUUCCCUCUGUGCUUGUGUCAUACUUCGACCCCCCCUGCCAUCCUUUUUUGUGGACUUCUCUUGACUGAUACAGUUCACCAUAGGAAUAUGGUGCAAGCCCCUUCCCAGGAUGCUUGUUAUGUGUUUGAGUAACUUAUUGUGGUGACAAUAUUUUCUAUAUUUAAAAAAAGAAUACUGUGGACUUUUAGGUGGCUUAACAUUUUAUAGGACACGUCAUAUUUGUAAAAGUGAAAAAAAAAAAAAGAAAAAAAAAAAAAAC